AUUUUGCCUCAAAAUAGGCAAAACUCUAAUCUAAUUGUCCUAUGGAUUUGCGUUUUCCAGCAAACUAGAACGAUUUUUUAAAAAUUUCAGAGUUUUGGCAGUCGAUAAAAAUUUUCAAAAAUCAUACAAGAGCACCUAGAGUCGUGAAACUUUGGCUCACAUUAGGCAAAUUAGACUCAACUCUUCCAGUAGGGCAACGUUGCAUUUUCCCAGACAAUUUAAAACAAAUAAAAAGCUUCUGCAGCAAUGGAGAGACAAAACUCUUCCCCACUGAUCUUCCAAAUGCAGCUUUUGAGGCAAUUUCAUACAAACGAAGCGUCCAAACAACGAAUUAAAAUCGAUGAUACGAGUAUUGUUUCGACCACAAUGCAACGAAUCCAUUGGUUUAUAUCUGCAGGAGCAGGCGGCAUGCAAAUUCCCUUUCCAACUGAAAAACCCAGUUGAAAACAAACCCAACCCGUUUUCUUUUUUUUUUUGUUUUGGUACGGAACCACUUCAAACCAAAGCCGAACUGUUUCGAACGGAACAUAUGCAAGUGGGCACCAAAAACUGGAUAACUAACGGGCUGUGUUUCCAAACUAUAGGUGGGAGACAGGCAAACAGUGUCGUCAGGGUCCAGCAGAUCGAAGAUCAAACUGCCGACUAAAAAAUUUUGGAGCUUCAAUUGUGAAUUUCGCUAAGGAUCCACGAUAGUUUAGGAACACAGCAAUGGUAUCCUUACCGCCUCCCAGUUUGCAGAAGCAGGUAACUGUGAUGAGCAUGAACUUGAGCAAGAAGCUGGACGAGCUCCAACGCGGCGACCGUCAGUACGAGACGACGUUCGCCCUCAACGAGAUCCGCAUCCAGCUGCAGGAGCUGACCAAGUCCGUGGAAUCCUGCCAGUCGGAAGUGUCCGAAGUGAAGCGGGACAUGGUGGCGAUCAAGCACGAACUGCAGACGGUGCAGCAGGUCAAAGAGGAGAUUGAGGAGUUGAGGGGGUACGUCGAUCGGAUAGAGGAGCACACGUAUCGCAGGAAACUGAGGCUUCUGGAACAGGGACUGACGGGCUUUCUGUCCUACUCGAUCCUGGCAGCAGUACUGGGGAUGUUGCAGUUCGGAUACAAUACGGGCGUGAUAAACGCGCCCCAAAGCAACAUCGAGUACUUCAUGAAGGACGUGUACAAGUCCCGGUACAAUGCUGACAUGUUGGACGAAAACGUGAAAACUCUUUAUUCGGUGGUGGUCUCGGUGUUCGCCAUUGGUGGAAUGGUGGGCGGCUUCAGCGGAGGAAUGGUGGCCAAUCGGUUUGGCAGGAAAGGUGGACUUCUCCUUAAUAACAUAUUGGGGAUAACCGGCGGGUCUCUGAUGUGGUGCGCCAAAGUGGCCAACUCCUACGAAAUGCUGAUUGCCGGCCGAUUUAUCAUUGGCAUAAACUGCGGCCUCAACACAUCCCUGGUGCCCAUGUACGUAUCGGAAAUCUCCCCGCUGAACCUCCGUGGAGGUUUGGGGACUGUCAAUCAGCUAGCUGUGACUGUGGGCCUGCUCAUAUCGCAAGUGCUGGGCAUCGAGCAGAUCUUGGGCACCAAUGAGGGAUGGCCGCUCCUGCUUGGAUUGGCCGUGCUGCCCGCCCUGCUGCAACUGGUGCUGCUUCCCGUUUGUCCCGAAAGCCCCCGCUACUUGCUCCUCACCAAACAGUGGGAGGAGGAGUCAAGGCGGGCGUUACGGAGGCUGCGAGCCAGCAACCAGGUGGAGGAGGAUAUUGAAGAGAUGCGAGCGGAAGAGCGGGCGCAGCAGGCCGAGUCCUCCACCACGAUGUUCGAACUCAUUUGCUCACCCACUCUGCGCACUCCGCUCUACAUUGGCGUGGUGCUGCAACUCUCCCAGCAGCUUUCAGGCAUCAACGCUGUAUUUUACUACUCCACAAAUCUCUUCGAGACGGCAGGACUCACGCCGGAAAGUGCGAAAUUCGCCACCAUCGGCAUCGGCUGCAUCAUGGUCAUCAUGACGCUGAUCUCCAUCCCCCUGAUGGACCGCAUGGGCCGCAGGACGCUCCUGCUUUAUGGCCUGGGCGGGAUGUUCAUUUUCUCCAUAUUCAUAACAAUCUCGUUUUUGAUCAAGGAGUUUUUUGGCUAUGUGCAGGAAAUGAUCGACUGGAUGUCCUACUUGUCUGUAGUAUCGACUCUAUGUUUCGUCAAGUUCUUCGCGAUGGGGCCUGGAUCGAUUCCCUGGAUGAUCACCGCGGAACUUUUCUCGCAAGGGCCCCGACCUGCCGCCAUGUCGAUCGCUGUCCUGGUCAACUGGAUGGCCAAUUUCCUGGUGGGAAUCGUGUUUCCCAGUAUGAAGACUGCCCUCGAUAACUAUACGUUCCUGCCAUUUAGCGUGUUCCUAGCCUUAUUUUGGAUUUUUACGUAUAAGAAGGUGCCGGAAACCAAAAACAAAACAUUCGAAGAAAUACUCGCUCUAUUCCGGCAUGGAAAUGGAAGGGUUAGUUUUCGAGACAGUCGAUUGUAUGGGAGUAUGUUAAACAGCGUGAAUGCACUCGAACAACAUCUACCCAUCACUGAACAGUCCGGCCUGGUUGUAACGGAGGAAAAAUGCCAUCAGCAGGAAUCAUUUAACAAUCCGUUCGAAGAACAAAUUCUUCGCACGACUUACAAUCUUCGAAGGCACAGAUCUUACUACGGUUCGCUCUCAGCGGGUUCUGAGCAUUCUUCGCGUGCAGGGGAUACGGUUUCGUCUCAACCGCCGCCACUGCCUCCGCCACGGUUCCCAAACAGUGCCGUCUGACAAUGGGAAUCCCUGAACAUCGCCACGUUUAGUCUGCUGCCGUUGCCUACGCCCCUGAUUACCAUUGAAGAUCACUUGGUCGAAAUCAUUGUGGAGCGCAGCAAAGCCUGCGCCACUUAUCUUCGCCACAGUCUGAAGCGACCCCAUCGGCACUGAAGAACACUCCCAGACUUAGGGGUGUGACCGGAAACAUCCCCCACACCUCGUCUAGGUCGGCAAACGAACCAGUGAUAUUUGUGUAUAAGUGAUAAGAAACUGAACUUCCUUCGUGGUUUAUCAUGGCCUUAACACGCUCAGUUUAAUGUUAAAAUGAUGUUGAAGCCUCUUGUGCCGUAGAAAUCGUAACAAAGACAUCUUGAAGUGCAUCCCUCUAGGGCCAAUCUGUCUCUUCUUAAUUGAGGUGGUGCCGAUUUUCAUUCAACUUGUUGCCACGCUUUUGAGCCAAUUUUUUUUCCUUCGGCGCGAUUUCUAGCAAUAGUAGCGCUGCAAGCAUUAACAAGAGACAGAUUCAAAAUCGCGCACGUCUAAUGGCCUAUUCUAUGACUAGUUCAAU